UAUACCCCAGGGCAGCUUCUUCGUCUCCAAUCGGACUGACGUUGCUCCACAGAGACAGUGAGAUAGAGAGAGCGAGCGAGCGAGCGAGAUGGGAGGAGGGCACGGGCAUGGCGAGGGCACUACUUACAAGGGGUUCACGGUGCACCAACCGAAGCGGUGGCAUGCCGUCACCGGCAAAGGCCUCUGCGCCAUCAUGUGGUUUUGGGUCUUGUACCGGGCUAAGCAGGAUGGGCCUGUAGUGCUGGGUUGGCGACAUCCGUGGGAGGGCCAUGGAGAUUCCCAUGGCCAUGGAAGUGAACAUGAGUCAUCUCACUGAGAAGCAGGAAGCAGGAAGUUUUGAGGAUCAGUGGAGCCUCCGGGACUCGAAUGUUGCAAAUCUUUGUUCAUUUCUGUUUAAUAAAACAGUGAUCAUGAUGAGAUUGUGACGAUCAACACUGCCAAACUUCUCGACAUCGUUUUUCUCAGCAUGUUAAUUGCUUGAAAUAUUGUAUGUUCACUCAUGGAUGGGAACUUUAUUUUACUUCAAUGGUAAUUAUGUGAAGCAACUGCUUCUUCUGAUUA